AUGAGCGAUAGCAAACCCAGCAGGCCGCACUACACUGCGUACUUGUGGGAUACUUGGGACAAAUCACCAGAGGAACGGCGAUUUUUAUUCAAGCUUGAUGCUGCUAUUCUCACUAUAGCCUCGUUGGGGUACUUUAUAAAGAAUUUGGAUCAAAUUAACAUCAAUAAUGCGUUUGUUUCUGGCAUGAAAGAAGACCUGAAUCUCAACGGAAACGAACUCAAUUAUAUGCAAACUUGCUGGACAGUAGGCUAUAUUAUUGGGCAAAUUCCAAGUACUCUUCUGUUGACGCGUAUUCGACCUUCAUUAUGGAUUCCUUCAUGUGAAGUGACCUGGUCCGUUUUGACUAUUCUCAUGGCCAAGUGCAGCAACGUGCAACAAAUAUAUGUGUUACGGUUCUUCAUCGGCCUCGCAGAGAGUACCUUUUACCCAGGUAUGCAGUAUGUCAUUGGAUCUUGGUAUCAAAAGGGCGAGCUUGGCAAGCGAUCAUGCAUAUUCCAUGCAAGCAGUGCCGUAGGAAGCAUGUUCUCCGGCUACCUCAUGGCCGCCGUCUACCAUUUCGACGGUGUGCAUGGGUUUAAAGGUUGGCAGUGGUUGUUUAUUAUAAACACUGUUAUAUCACUCCCGAUUGCGCUUUCUGGCUUCCUUUUUCUACCUGACGUGCCGGAGAUCACGCGGGCUUGGUAUUUAACUCCUGAUGAAAUUGUCCUGGCGCAGACACGCAUGCAAGCCGAUGGUCGUGCUAACCGCGCACCAUACACUAGGAAGAAAAUUGAAAAAAUCUUUUCUAGUUGGCGUAUCUACCUCUUGACCUUGUUGUACAUCUUGUACAUGAAUGGUGGUGGAGUAUCGGGGCAGCCAGCAUUUGCUAUUUGGCUAAAGCAGCAAGGCUACAGUAUAACGCAGAUUAAUACGUAUCCUACCUUGACGACAGCUGUCCAGAUUAUCACCACAAUGAUCUACGCAUGGACGUCGGAUACCAUCUUGCACGGCGAGCGAUGGCCGGCAAUCAUAUUCUCAGGUGUUAUGAUCAUCAUCGUGAACACGAGUCUGACGAUAUGGAAUAUUCCUACUGGCUGGAAAUGGGCUUGUUUCAUACUAGCCGGCUGUUCUAGUGGAAUUAGCGGACUGAUAUAUGCGUGGAUGCACGAGAUUUGCGCUGAAGACAACGAGGAGAGAGCCUUAGUGGCGGGCUCAAUGAACGAGAUAGCGAACGUGGUCCAAGCAUGGCUUCCACUGCUGAUUUGGCAGCAAGUCGAGGCACCAGAGUAUCCAAAAGGAUAUUCGGCGUCAAUAGGGAUUGCAGUAGCCAUGAUGGCCACAGCAAUGGCUAUUAGACAUUUGCAGAGAAGGGAAAUAGCUACACGGCAAUUGCUUGCUCAAUGGGCCAUCGGAACGACACAAAAGUCAUAUAACCAAGAUACAUACGACUGA